UCUAUUUGAUUUUGAUUUUGAUUAUUCAGCUGGAUAGAUUGUUUUGCCAUCCUAGUGCAAAUUACAGAUUCAAUUUAUUAUAAACAAAUUCAAUAUAAAUACUUGGUUUUCCUCUUUUUCUAUUUUCAAUUAUAUUCCUUAUAAAUUAUCUUUCGAGUUUCUUAAUCUUCUUCCAAUUCAAUUCAAUCCAAUUCAUCCUACUCAACUUAUAAAAACUACACAAAUCUAUCUUACCCAAAAUGGCUGCCUCAAAUUUUUUAGUUUUAGCUUGUGAAAUUAAUGAACCAUUUCUUAUUCCAGAGAUCCAAAAUGAUCUUGCUGAUGAUUUAGCUGUCCCAAUGGAAUUCUCAGAAAGUGUCGACAAAAUUCCUUUUGAAAUCAUUAAACAAAUAUUUAAAUUAUUACCCUUUAAUUGUUUAUGGAUUUUAUCUAUAUCAGAUAAUUUGGUUAUCUCUUCCAUCGCAAAUGAGUUUUUAUUCAAUACUUUGGUUAUAAAUUCAAAUUAUUUUAACCGCUCGCUAUACAAUAGAUCUAUUAAUAACAUUAACUAUUUCAACAUUAUUAGCAGCAUCCAUAAUAACAUUAACAGCAUUAACAACAUUAAUAACAUUAAUAACAUUAAUGUUAUUAAUAAUAGUAAUAGUAAUAGUAAUUAUUUCGAUUUCAACCGAACUUUAAUUUUGAAUCUCAAUGAUUUGCAUUUAUUCAAAUAUCAAUUAUUUUUCUUUUCAAAGACUGUUAAAAUUGGUUUGAAUAUCGAUGACUUGGAUAAAUUUUUGAAAUUCAUCAAAACAAAUAAUAAUAAAACAAAUUUGAAUUUAAAUCCAAAUCUAAUUAAUUUCCAAUUAUCCUUUUUAGAUAUGCCCUUUGAUUUUCAAUAUAAUAACUAUAUCGAUUAUUAUUUAAACAUUUUUUUAAAAAAUGUUUUUAAAAAUACUUUAAAAAACAAUAAUCAAUAUACUUCACAUGGUAAUCAACACACUCAACACACUCAACACACGCAACACACUCAAUAUAAUAACAACCUUAAUAAGAAAAACAACUUCCAAUCUUUAACUUUAACUCACAUAUCUGUUAAUGAUUUGAAUUCUUUAACAAUCUUUAAAAUCAACAAAUUUUAUAAAAAUUUGAAAUAUCUAGAUUUAUCUGCAAAUAUAAUCUCUAAAAUAGAUAAUUUAAGCCAAUUUGAAAAUUUGAAAAUUUUAAAUUUGCAAUCAAAUGCAAUUAAAAAAGUUGAAAACUUAAACAAUUUGAAAAAUUUAUUAUCAUUAGAUUUAUCCUUUAAUUUUAUAAAUAAAUUGGAAAAUCUAAAUAAUUUAACAAAGUUAAGAAAGUUGAUUAUAACUAGUGAUCCAUUUGAUAAUAUUAACAUUAACAUUAAUAUUAAUAGCAAUAAUAGCAAUAAUGGUAAUAAUAACAACAACAAUAACAACAAUAACAACAAUAACAACAAUAACAACAAUAACAACAAUAACAACAAUAGCAAUAAUAAUAGUAGAUUGACAAAAAUUGAAAAUUUAGAAAAAUUAAACAAGUUGAAUCAUCUAAAUUUAUCAUUUCAUAGUAUUUGGAAAAUUGAAAACUUGGAGAGUUUAGUGCAUUUAAAAUUCUUGAAUUUAUCUAGUAAUAAUAUUUCUAAGAUUGAAAAUUUAGAUAAUCUAAUAAAUUUAAAGAUUCUAAUACUAAAUGACAAUUGCAUUCAUUUAAUUGAAAAUUUAAACAAACUAAAUCAAUUACGGGACUUGAGUAUUUCGGCACAAAGAAAAGAUUUAAUAAUCAAUAGUGAUACUUUAAGUAAGAUUGAAAAUUUAAAUAAAUUGAAAAAACUCGAAAGGCUAUCAUUAUCAUCCAAUAAAAUUGCUAAGAUUGAGAAUUUAAAAGAAUUGAAAAAUUUAAAAUGUCUAUUAUUGAGUACAAAUAAAAUUGAUAAGAUUGAAAAUUUGAAAAAUCUCAAAAAUUUACGAGAACUAAUUUUAUCAAAUAAUUUAAUUGAAAGAGUUUGCAAUUUAAAUCACAAAAACUUGAAAUUUUUAGAAAAAUUGGAUUUAUCAGCAAAUUUGAUAAAUAAGAUUUACUUUAUUAACAAAUAUUAUCAUUAUAACAAAAAAAAAAUCAGGAGAAAAAAAAAAAAUAAAGAGGAAGGGGAAGAAGAGGAAGUGGAAGAAAAGAAAGAAAACUAUUUAGAAAACUUGAAAUUUUUAUUUUUGUCGUCAAAUCUAAUAGAAGAAAUUAAUUUGAAUCAAUUCAAAUACUUGGGGAAUUUAGAACAUUUGGAUUUAUCAGUUAAUAAAAUCAGUAAAAUUGAUUAUAUUAAUGAAAAUUAUCAAAAGAUGUUUCAAGCUGAUCACACCGAGAGUGAUCAGGACUGUGAUGAAGAAUCUGAAUUUGAUGAUGAAAAACAGGAAAAACAAGAAAAGAGGGAAAAAAUUGAGAAAAAGGAGAAAAGGGAGAAAAAUAACAAUAUGAAAAAAACGUUCAGCGAAUUGGUUACUUUAAAUCUAAGCUACAAUUUGUUUUCAAGCAUUCCAGAUAUUUUUGAAAAAUUGAAUUUAAAUAAUGUCAAGUACUUAAAUUUGUCGAAUAAUUUGAUUUGCAAAAUAGAUAAUUUAAAUGGCAAUGAAGGAUUGAAAAAUUUGGAAUAUUUAAACUUGAAUUACAAUAAAAUCGAGAAAAUUGAAAUGUUGGAUAAAUUGGAUAGGCUCAAGGUGUUAGAUUUGGAGGGAAACCGGAUUGGCAAAAUUGAAAAUUUGAAGCAAUUAAAGACAUUGCAGAAUCUCAAUCUCAACAAAAACGAGAUAAAGGAAAUCGAGAUGGAAUAUUUCAAGACAAUCAACGUCAUUCUGUUGAAGGACUUGAACACAGACUCUCCCAUCUUGCUCUGCUACUACAACGAUGAUCAGUCCUUGCCUUUCAAACUGCAGAGGAAGACCACUUGUUUUAAUUUGCCCUUGAACUACUAUUUAAACACCCCCAUCAAUUCUCAGCCCCAGGCCCAGGCCCAGGCCCAGUCCCACUCUCCCUUUACCUCAAUUCUACCCAUCCUUUAUUUCAUUUGCUAUGACAAGAAUUCCAACACUUAUUUGGGCGAGUUUAGAAUCUCUAUCAUCGAUAUCUUCAACUCAAUCUUUAAAAGCUUGAAAACUGCCGAUGACUCUCUCAAUUUAGAUCAAAUCAACUUCAAUUCUUCCAAUAAUUCCAUUGCAACAAAUUUAAAAUGGUUUAAACUAUACUUGUCAAGCUUAGCAUAUUACCAACAAACGAACCUAUUAAAUCAAAUAUGCGGUUCAAUUAAAAUUAGUUUUGAAAUCUUUUCUUUGCAAAUCACAAAAUUCAAAAAAAAAAAAAUCAAAAAGUUUCAAAAUUCAAUUUCAACUUCAAAUCCAAGUCCAAGUCCAAGUCCAAAUCCAAAUCUAAAUCCAAAUUUUUAUUCUCAAUCUGACAUCCUCCUUUUUUUACACCAAAAAUGGUUUGAUUGGCUAAAUAAUUUGAAUUAUAAUAAACUGCAUUUAAAUGAUUUAUUAAAAAUAAACGACAAAAGUAUCUACACUUUGGAUUACAUUACAAACGCUAAAUUAAUAGAUAAUCAAAGCAACUCUCUACUACAUCCAAAUAUAAAUAACUUAAAUGAUUCAUCAUCUAUUAAUAAUUCUGAUGUUUCUUCAAUCUCUUCAACCCUCUUUCUGUCUAGAAAUAGCCAAUUGGAUUCGACUUUGAUCUCAAAUGAUCUGAAUGAUAUUAAUACCGUCAAAAACAACCCUUCUUUAGAUAAUUCUUCUCAAUUCUCGAAAAAAAAAUCUCCUAAAUACUUAUUAUCAAAACCCUUUAAUAGAUCAAGAUCUUCAGUUUUAAGUAUUAACAGUAUUGAUAAUCAAAAUAUUUCCGAUUCUAAUAACAACAAUAAUAAUUCCAAUUCAAGCUCAAGCUCAAACUCAAACUCAAACUCAAACUCAAGAUCUUCUUACUAUCAAUUUUCAAAUGCUAAACAACUUUUAGGCGUUUGUUUCUUAGAAGUAGUAUCUUGUUCUGAUUUACCCCCAUUAUCAAAUUUUCUUAGGACUUCUUUUGACAUGGAUCCCUUUGUGGUCGUUUCAUUUGGUAAAAAAACUUUUAAAACUCCUCAUAAAAAACACAAUCUCAACCCAAUCUUUAAUCAAAAAUUAGCAUUUCAAAUCUCCCCCCUAGAAAAAAAUUUCCAUAUUCAUUUUAAUGUUUAUGAUAAAGAUGGUAUAAGUUUACAUGACCAUAUUGGUUCUGCUCAACUAUCCUUAAAUAAAAUCUUAAAUUAUAAUCGUUUUACUGAAUUAAUCAUACCCUUAUCUCUAACUAUCGAUCCAAAUUCAACUAAAUUGAAUUUAUCAAAAUUUAACCCAAUAAUUAAAAUUAACAUUAAAUAUCAAGACUAUGAAUCUCUAAGAAAAAAAUUUUGGUUGGCAAUCCUUAAACAAUUCGAUUUUAAUGAUGAUAACAGAUUUUCAAUCUUAGAAUUAAUGGCCUCUUUAGAUUCUUUAGGCUCAACAAUCACAAUCGAUCAAGUUAUUCAUUAUGCUCGAUUGAAAUUUAAUAAAAACAUUAGUUCAAAUUCUUCUUCUUCCUCCUCAUCCUAUAAAGAUAAUGAUUCAAAUACUUUAACUUAUGACGAAGUCAUCCAAUUUUUAGAAGAUGCCGUCAAAUUAAAAUUAAAAAAAAAUUUAAUGAAUUCAUCUCUUGCACUUGAAAACAAAAAUAUUAGCACUUCUUCUGUCAAUAUAAGCAACGAUGACGAUGAUAUGGGUAUAUCAUUUAAAGUCCCAACAACUAAUCACCAAUUCAUUCCUUCUUCUGAAUCUGAAUCUGACUCAAUUACUUCAGAUAUUAAAACUGAAUCAAUCAUUAAUAUCGAAAAUUGCCCAGUUUGUGGAAAGGAUAAUUUAUCUAUAAAGGGUGAUUUAGAUAUAAUCACCCAUGUAGCUCUUUGUUUAUCAAAAGAUUGGAGUUCUGUAGAUAAAUUAUUGACAACUUCUUAUGUUUCUCCAAGUUUUGCUUCAAAGAGAUGGUAUAGUAAAGCAUUUAUUAAAUUAAGUUAUGGCAAAUAUGCUUUAGGUAGCAAUAAUGCAAACAUUUUAGUUCAAGAUAGAGAAUCUGGUAUAAUUUUAGAAGAAAAAAUGAGUGUUUAUGUUAGAUUGGGAAUUCGUUUAUUAUAUAAAGGUACUGAUAAAGUAUCAAAUAAAAGUAUUACAAAAGCUUUAAAAAAAAUGAGUAUCAAAGCAGGAAAGAAAAACGACAAUCCAAAAUCAAUUAAAGAUAUUCAAGGUUUUAUUGAGUUUCACCAAUUAGAUAUGUCUGAAUGUUUGUCACCAAUUCAUAAAUUCAAGACUUUUAAUGAAUUCUUUUAUAGAAAACUUUUACCAAAUGCAAGACCAAUUGAUGCUAAAGAUGAUGACAAUGUUAUUGUUUCCGCUGCUGAUUGCAGAUUAUCUGUGUUUGAAACCAUAUCAUCUGCAACUGAUCUCUGGAUUAAAGGUAAAGAUUUCACAUUAGAAAAAUUAUUUGCUGGUAAACAUCAAAAGUUAUUCAACGAAAAAUUUAAUAAUAAAAAAUGUUCAUUAGCCAUAUUUAGAUUGGCUCCACAAGAUUAUCAUAGAUUUCACACUCCUGUAACUGGCACUGUUGGAAAAUUGGAGCUUAUAUCUGGAGAAUAUUAUACAGUUAAUCCAAUGGCAAUAAGAAGUGAACUAGAUGUUUAUGGUGAAAACAUUAGAGUAAUAUUACCAAUAGAAACAAAAGAAUUUGGAACUGUAGUUUUUAUUUGUAUUGGAGCAAUGAUGGUUGGUUCUACCGUAUUAACAGUUCAAGAAAAUACAUAUGUGGAAAGAGGAGAUGAAUUAGGUUAUUUCAAAUUUGGAGGAUCAACAUGCUUAUUAUUGUUUCAGGAAAAUUCGAUGAGGUUUGAUGAAGAUUUAGUAGACAAUUCAAAACAAAUGGUUGAAACAUUAGUCAGAGUUGGUAUGUCAAUUGGGCAUUCAACUCAAGUUCCUGAAUUUAAAAGAGAGAAAAAGAAUUUUGAUGAAAAUUCAGAAAAUCAAAAAUUAAGAAUUAUUCGUUCAAUAACUGGUGGAGCUGGUAUCGAUAGAAUUGAUCAACAAAAAUAUAAUAUUCCUUCAUCAAUUGCAAAGGGAAGUCAUAUGGGAUCAUUAUCUUGGGAAACAAGAAACUUAGGAUUAUAAUGAACUUGUUUUUAUUGUGUACUAAUUUUAUUAAAAAAAAUUAUGUUUUUUAGUUAUUUUUCUUUCUUUUGUUUUUUUGUUU